AUGUCAACAUUGAAAUACAGUACAAUCACCAACAAGUGCCUAUCGAACUCCAAUGUAUCAACCAAUCCCAGUUUCAUUAAAUACUCUUCAUUCAUUCCCGUUGGUACAUCACCAAGCUCCACUGCUGCAUCUUCCACAUCAUUCAUUUCAACCACACCAAUCUCAACAUUAGAUACAUCCGGUUCUAUUAUUACACAACAAUCACAAUCUACAACAACCAGUGAUAAUGGAAUAACAACAACAGGUGUAGAUGAAUCAUCUGCAUCAUCCACUUCAUCAACAUCAUCUUCAUCAUCAUCUAAAUUAACUAUAUUUACAAGUUGCACAUCAUCAUUAUUUAUCUUUAUAAUUAUUAUUAAUAUCUUUAAAUAUUUGUUCUAA